AUAUUGAGGAAUUAAAUUUCAGUGAUUGAUAUAUCACAGCUACAGUACAUUUACAAAAAAAGUGGUAUUACUUAUAAAACAAAGGAAGUUUUUUAAAAUUCAGAAAGUCAUUCAAAUAUUCAAGUUUUUUGAACAACAGAUAUCGUCUGAUUAUGGAGUUAGAAGGCAUUUCCAUGCAGUGGCUAGAGGACUCUAAAAGAAAAUAUAUGGAAGCUCGGAGACUAAUAGACGAAGAAAGCUUGAGAGACCCGGUGUCAGAACCUUACAAGUCUAAGUAUGCUGCGAAAGAAAUACUUUCUAGCUUGAAAAAUGACAUAGAAGGCUUUUUCAAACACGAUGUUUCCAAAAUAAAUGAUACAUUUGAAGUUAAAGGGAAAUCAUCCAGAGCUGCUUUAUUAUAUGCAUUGAUCCACUUUGAUCUUGGUGUGUUAGCAGUUGAUACUGAAGAACUGAAUGUUGGAGAGGAGUAUCUUGAAAAAUGUACAAACCUUCUAAGGCAAUUUUCACAAAGCCACGAAACAGUAUUAAUAUUUGUUUCCUCAUUGAACAGUCUAAGUGUCCUAUGGGCUGGAAGAAAUGAACAGAAUAAAGCUUGUGAGUAUUUGAAAGAAGCAGAGCAAGUCUUUUCAAAUUAUAAAAAAGAGAAUAAAGCCUUACCAGCGGACUUUAGUGAUCUUUUCCAGCCUGAGCUUAAAGGAAGCAGAGAGGGCGAGUUUAAAAUUGAAAAAGCUCAUACUCUGACACUAAUUAAAAGAAGGAGACCAUACUUUGCCCAACAUCGAUACUCUUCACAGGACUUUGUUUCAGAUAAACAUGGUGAUCUUGCAACAACCAAUACAUUAAAGAGCGACUACAAAACCAAAAUUAAUAAAACUCAUUCUCAAGAUCAACCAUACUUAUUGUUUCACAAUCAAGAAGUUUUUGAGUAUGAAAAAGACAUUCCUUAUAGUCAUGUUUUUAAUUUUGAAGAAGCACGGCUUGUUUUUCUUAAUGCCCAGAAGUGGCUGAAUGAAGCCAAAGGCUAUUAUACAAUAGAAGACCAUGCUAGUGACUAUGUCCAGGUAAUACAAGAAAUGAGCAAGCUAUUUAAAAGUCUCUCAGUUUUUGAGUUGUCUCCAGAACGUCAGUGCAGGAUGCACAAACGACGGAUUGAUAUGUUGGAAGAAUGUUUGAAAGCUUUAAAUCCUCAAUACUAUUUGCUGGUUUGUCGGCAGUUAAUGUUUGAACUUGGAGAAACAUAUUCAGAAAUGAUGGACAUAAAGCUGCAGUUGUUUACUUCACACUGUAGCGCUAGCAGUGAAUCUCAUGCUAUAAAGAAGAUAAAUUAUUUGGGAGAAAAAGCUAUUGAACAUUUUAAAAGUUUCAUUAGUACUCUUAAUGGUUCUGACCAGAAAUUACCUGAAUCACUUGCAGAUGAUGUUGUAAGGCCAGCACUAAUUGCUCACUUUUAUCUUGGACGACUGUACUCUAAACUUGUUUUCAUGGAUCAAGAUGAACAGCUGGAAGCACUUUCUAAUAGCGAAACCAACUAUAAAUUAAUUGUUGAUUAUGUGAAAAGAAAUCCUUCACACAGAGAUGUUGUUUCACAAGAAAUUCAUGCAAUAGAAGAGAUGUUACAGCUUAUUCCAGGAAAAAUGCAAAAUAUCAUGAGCACCACCCUUUAUCCUUAAUUUCCAAACAAAUGAACCAGAGAAGUUUCCAGUACAUUAUUGGUGAUGUUUAACUUUAUUACAGAAAACUGGUAACAGACUAAAUGGUAGUAUUUAUUUAGUAAUUGUGUAAUGAAUAUAUCUGAAAGUAGUUUUAGUCAUUAGGAGCAGACACCUUGUACAAAAGAUAGUAAUUUAGACCAUAUACACCAAAACACCUAAACUGUGCCAUUUAAUACAGAAUUAUGAUUUGUUCACGUGUGAAUUAGAAACUGUUCAGUAGGAAAAUUAACCUGUUUUUUAUCUUAUUUUUGCAGGGAUUGUUGUAUUUGUUAGAAAGUUUUCAUGAAUGUAGUUACUUCCACCAUUUAAAACUUAUUUUACUGGUAUUAAAUGAUUUGAAUAUUUUCUUUAAUCAGGUAAGAUUAAUAUUUAAAUAUAUGAAGACUGUAAAAUUUCAUCACUCUUAUGAAUAUUAGUUAUUCCUAACAAUAAUCUUAAACAUUUUUUUUAAGGGAUGACAGAUGGUUUUCUAAAAUCAGUAUUGUGAAGUAAAGUACUUUGGGAUGUUUUCAAAGUUUGUCAAAUACGUGCUUUUUUUUGUUACUUUAGACUUAAAAAUAAUGUAUGGCAACAGAAGUACGAUGUACAAAAUGCCGAUGGAUGAUGUGGUUACCUAUAAUUGUUACUUCUUAUCCUAUAAGCUAUUAAUUUCCAGUGCUUUUAUCCAUACCAUAUGUUUUGGCUAUUUCAAUUAACGUAAUGCCCAGUUUUUAUUCUGUAGAGCUGAUAAACAUGAGAAAAAGAAAAAGUUCCAACACUAGGUUGCUUAUAGCAAUAUACAUAGAAGCUCAUAAUUAUUUUGGUUCUGAAAGAUAAACUAUAUUCACUAAAUAAUAGCUAUUUUAUUAAAAAAGUUUAUGAAAUAUUUGUCAUUUUUCAAAAUUUAAUCAUAUAUAAAUUUACCAGCAAUUCAUUCUAGUGUUUUUUUCUUUUAACACAAUAUUGUUAUUGCAGGUUUCAUAAUGUACAGUCAUUUUAUGAAAACCUCUGGAACUUUUCUAUAUGGAUCAUAUCACAUCUGCAUCAGGUUUUUUGUAUUGAGUUUGUAUUGUAUUAAGUAUUUCUUCAUAUUUGGGACACUUAAAAUAGUAAUUAUUUCGUUAUCCUUCCUCAAUUGUCUAUAUUCAGUGUAUUGUAAAAAGACUAAAUGUAAUACGUCCAUGUGACCUAAGCAAACCAUGUACAAGAAAACAGUAAUAAACAAAUUUCUCUUAAGUACAUUAUUGUAAGAUUUCAUUGCAAAGCUAUAAUGUUGUUAUUCAAGACAUUUUAAAGAGGAAUUAGGUUUGUUUUUGAAGAUUGUUUUUGUACCUAGAUCUAUCUUUACAGGUGACAUCUAAAGUUGUGAUUGCAAAGUCUUUUGAAUUUGUCUUCCUUUCUAGUAUUUGUAACUAGAUAUUACUAUGCAUUAGAUUUCUUAAUGUUGGCCACAUUGAUGAAGUUUUGGGUUGAAACUUAUUUUAUGUGAGAUGAUACUGCAUAUAGAACAAAGUUUGAAAGUGAUUCUUUGUUCAAGCUGCCAAAUUUCAUGACAACAAUUUUUGGGAUUAUUUCAUAUUUGCUUUUUCAUUAUUACUGCUGCAUUAUUGAAGGGACUUCACCCCAUUCUAAUCACCAUAGCCACUGAAAAACAGCCCUUGGUUCAACAUUUACUCGUAUGAUGUGACAGAAUAAUGAUAAAAAUAAUAGUGCAUAACAUUACAAAAUAAAAAGAAGAAAUGGUAAAAUAUAUGAGGGUUUAUAUAGAUGCCUUGCAAAUUUUCAAACUUGGCUAUAGAAGGUAUACUUAAAUAAUAUAUAAAGGUUAUAAUGGUUAUUUAUGCUUUACCUUAUUAAGUUUGGGGAAUUUCAUAAUUUGUGUCAGACUUGCUUUAGUGAAGUUAUAUAAAAUAUGAUUUAUUUAGUUCAUUAAUUUUAAAAUAUUGUUCAGUUGCCUGAAAAACAAACUCAGAACUCUAAUUUAUUUAAUAUAGAUAUCUAUGUUAUGAAUUAAAAAACAAUUAUGAGAGAAUGAUGUGAAGAGGAAGGUUUUUAUGUGCUGGUAACAGUAACUUGUAUUUAAGAUCUGCUAUAUGGUAUAAAAAAUUUUUAAAAAUGUAAUGGAUAAUCAUGCAGCAUUUGCAUUAAUGAAUAAUGUAAAUUUAUGUUGUGACUUUAUCAUAUUACCUAAUUUAUAAUACAUAUGCAUAUUUUCAUUCAAAUUAAUAUUUUCUUUCAUGUGGUAAUCACUGCUGUUAGUCAUUUUAGUUUGUUUCCUCAGCUUAUAUUAUGUUGUUGUUUUUUUAGUUUAGUUUUUAUAUAUCUAAGCUUUUCCUGUAUAUGAUUUUAUUGAAGAUUAUAAUUUUAUGAUUAAAAGCAACUUGUCAGAUGAAUAUGAUCAAUUGGAUUUAUUUCAAUAACAUAUUUUUUUCUGGUGUUUUCCAUUAUAAUGGUAGAAAGUCUAACUGGCUGCAUAAAACAUAUUACUUACAUUAGGUAGAAGUUGUGUAAUUUUCUCUGUUACUUGCAAGUGUUGCUACAUUUGGCGAGCACAGAAAAUGAAAAUUGUUUGUAAUUCAAAAUACAGUAAUAAAAUUUGUAAAUUUGUUUAAGUUCAGUUGUGUAAUAGUUUAUAGUUUUGUAAACUUCAUAAAACAAUAAAUUUCAUUUAUGGAUUAUUUAUCAAUCUAAUCAUGUAGUUAUACAUCUUAUCUUACUGGAUGAAAGUGAUCAAAUCUCUUUAAGGUUCGGUAUGGCAAUGUUGUUUCUCUAUCCUUGUUGCAAAUACUAAAUUUUGGUGAAAUAUGAUUAGUUAUAUGGAGUCGUGAUACAUACUUGUUUGUCUUAAUACCUUUAGUUAAAUAGAAUUGUAGUAUUUUGUUAGUUUCCAGAGCCCCAGUGUGAAUAGUUGUUAAAGAAGCCUGUGUAAGAUUAAUUUUACUAUUUAUAAUAUUGCACACAUUUUGAUCUCCAAGGUUUGUAACUACCAAGUAAUUUGACCCAAAUUUGUCAUAUCAACAUCUUGUAGAAUCAAGACAUUCACAUUUGUGGUGAUAUCUUAAUGCUUUUUAAAAUUGUAAAAUGGCCUUUCAGUAUUUAUUGUUGUUAGAUAUGUGGAUUAACUGUUUUAGCAUAAUUGAAUGUUUGCAGAGAGGGUGAAUGUAAAUUAAGUGGAGGUGUCCAUAUAAGCUUCCUUCAUUAUAGUAACUGUUGGGACCACUUAAAUCACAAAAUUACUUUGUAUACAUCAUCUGCACUAUAUAUUAACCCAUAAUAUGAAUCACUUAAUGUGUUUAUUGUAUUAUGUACAUAGACGUUUAUAGGAUAUGUAAUCCAGCCAAACAGUUUAGGUAUGAUAAUGACUUGCAAGGAUUUUUUUUUUUUAUGCAUGUUAUCAAAAUACUUGCUAUUAGUGUAAGGAAUAGCUAAUGGUACAAAAUUGUUUGUAGACAAUGAAUGUUUGAAAGAGGUAGGGUAAAGUCAAUAAUAAACUGUCGUGUGUAUGUUGUACACCUUAUAUUUAUGUCUAAGGUUUAGACUGUAUUUAAGAUAGUGUUUAUGUCAGCUGCAUUUAUAUCUUAUCGAAUAACCAAUCUAGAAAAUCAUUGUCUUAAUUAACACAUCAGCAUUUGGCACUUAUAUUGAAAAUAUAUAAAAAUACGUUUUACAUUUAUUAUAGGUCAUGUUUCUCAGCAAUUAUAUAAAAGAAAAUUAAGAAAUACAUUUUCCCCUAGUUAUGAAAACAAGUACUGGCCAAAAUAAAAAGCUAAUUGCUAAUCUGCUUCUGUAAAGUUCUCCUGAAAAAACAUAGUACUAACAUUUAUGUAUUAUUGCUCCUUAAAAAACAAACUGGUAUAUCAAAUGUACUUUCUUGUUUGUUUGUUUUUUAACAAAUCUAUGUUUGCAUCCGGGACCGAAUAUUGUACCCGUUGAUAGUUGGGCGAGAGAAGUUUAAGGGGGAGGAUUUUCUCUCCAAAACAAACUAAGUUUUUCUUAAAUCCUGUGAUACAUAAAGAAGACAUACCACAAUAAUUUGAAUUUCGAGACUAUAUGUUUAUUAAAUGUAUAUUACAAUGUACUAUACAAGUGUAAAUAAUAAAAAUUCAUAGCACAAGUGCUGCUUUUUCAGUUUUUUCAAAUACAAACUUUUAGCUCAUAGCUCCGUUAUCUCUUGACCAAUAUGA